UUUCUUUAGAAAUCACUCAAGGACAUAUUUUAACAGAGAACAUACUCUGCAUACUCCCACGAUGAGUGAGCAAGAGGUCGCUUUCUCAACUGUGAGAUUUCACAAGUCUUCAGGGAUGCAAAGCCAGGUGAGGCUUGAGGAGGCUAAGAGGCCUAGAAAAGCUGGCCCCAGAGUGUGUUUAGUCCCCUGGCAGCUGAUUGUUAUAUCUAUCGGAAUCCUCUGUUCCAUUCAGCUGGUAUUUGUUGCGGUGUUUGUGACAAACAUUUUUCAGUAUAGUCAACAAAAAUAUGAACUGCAGAAAACUCUAAACUGCCCCCAUAACUGUACCACCAUGCAAAGUGACAUCGACUUAAAGGAAGAAAUGAUGAGAAAUAAGUCUAUAGAGUGUGGUCCAGACAAUGAUCUUCUGGAAUCCCUCAACAGAGAACAGAAGAGAUGGUACAGCGAAACCAAGGCUGUUUUAGAUUCCUCACAGCACCCAGGCAGAGGUGUUGAAAUAUACUGGUUCUGCUAUGGUAGAAAAUGUUAUUAUUUCAUCAUGGACAGAAACACAUGGAGUGAAUGUAAACGGACCUGCCAGAAUUACAGCUUACUCCUUCUCAAGAUAGAUAAUGAGGAUGAAUUGAAAUUACUUCAGCUUCAGGUUAUUCCAGAAAGUUAUUGGAUUGGAUUGUCAUAUGAUAAGGAAGAAAAGGAAUGGGUCUGGAUUGACAAUGGCACAUCUAAUCUUGACUUGAAAAUAAAGAAAAUGAACUUUAAGCCUGGAAGAUGUGUAUUUUUAUCUAAAGCAAGACUAGAAGAUACUAACUGUAAAAAUUCCUACUUCUGUAUUUGUGGGAAGACACUGGAUAAAUUCCCUUAUUAA